AUGUAUCAGUACCGUGCAAGUGUGGCAGUCAGCCGUCAUCAAAGGCAAGGGUGCCGCGGACUCGAUAUGGCGCGGUUCAAGCCCAUCUACAUUCGGCGAAGCGAUGGCAGACUCGAAAUGAUAGGCAAAGGCAAGCAUCGUGAACGCAAUGAGCCGACGCCUGAACAACUUGAUACUACGGCCGACAAGCACGGCGUCAGCGACUUUUACCGCGAGGUCGGACCCGAGGAUGCUAAAUCUAUGGAUUGGAGGCGAAAGCUUGGCGGCAUGUUGGCCAGAGAACUCGGUGUCGAUGAGAGAGGCAGCGACCACAGCUAUGUUCUUGUUGCCUUUCCCGAGCACUACCGUCUAUUUGAGCACGUGAAGAAGACUGUGCGAGAUGGCAAGACUGAGGUCAAGGCCAAGACCCAUGCUGGUGGUGGCAACGACAGGCAAGACGCAUAUUUGUAUGGCCACCCAGCUGGUCGGCGGAAGAGAUUUCGGAGUCCAGCAGACUUCUUCCCACAUCUCCUGUGGCUUGCCACUGAUGAGUCUGGCGAUGUCGACAACUGUGGCUGCAAGAUCUGUUCACCCGAAGACCUCGAGGCAGCUAUUCCAGGAGCCAAAGCCAAGGUUGAUCGGCCGAGUAAGCAGGCGAGUGACUCCAUCAGAUCUAUUCCAGCCGUAUCCCGACAAAGCAGUGCGCAAAGUAUGAAAUCUGAGCCAGCCACGAUCGCCACACGACCAACGAGCACUACACUCCCGCCUACUCCCACGGCUCUACCGAAGCCAAGGAAUGCCGACCAGCAGCUCGAUCGAAGAUACUAUAAUUUCAUGUACAGAGCAGGCGAGUUAGUAUGGUUUAAGCGUGGACAGGCAUGGGGCUUGGGCACUGUGUUACGAAGAUGGCUCCAGAAUCAGGGUCACCCUAAUCAGUACCACUACCUGGUGCAGCCCCUAUCAUAUCCUGGCCACAACACAUCGGCCUCGAUAAAAUCUUCAGACGCCGAGUUCCGGCCUUGGCUUGCUUGGAGCGUCCCCAAAUUCACACAUGACGGUCUAAAUCACUUGCCGUCGCCAGCGCAUUACAACUCAGCAGAUUGGCAGGGUAUUGCGCAGAAGCGGUAUGGCCAUGGCGAGCUCGAGGUUGAUGCUUCGAUAUUGGCCGCGAAGGCUGUCGAUGCUACAUACACCCCCUUCCAAGCCAUCAAAAGUUCUGAGCCCGAGCCCGGUACCACUGAAGCGAGCUACAAUGGCAUCUACCUUGGAGCAGAGCAGGUGUGGGUUGGAGAUCCUGUACGUUUACAAGUUGGAUCAGGCACUGACAUCAUGAUCAUUCAUACCAUUAUCGAACGCGCUCGUGGGACUCCCGCGGCAAGCUCUUCGUCUCUAACUCUCAUCGGCGACAUCUAUAGGCUCACAUCAGUCACCCACCGACCAGGUGAUAACAACCCUCAUGUUUACAGCUCUACCUCUGGUCAGAACGAUAACCCUUAUCUACUACCGCGACUCAUCGAAGAUCUCCGUGAUCGAAAUAAUCACUCAAUUGCCGCUCGGGGUACAGCAAGCUACUGGAAGCUCACCACAGCGAAAGCGAAGGUCGGUCUGAACGAUGUCAAAGGUCGCUGGUACGAAGCCAGUCUGCUUCUGCCGAUCCUACAACAAGGGCAGUAUGAGGCGCUCUCGCGUAAAGGAGACGUGCAAGAAGCUACGCUCUGGAUGAAUGCGCGAGGCGAUUGUCAGAACAGCAACAAGCCCGCCGAUCAGCCGACCCGUCCCGUGGUCAAUACUCGCAAAGCCACUCGCCAAGAAGCCUUUGGCAGAGCAAUUCCCUCUGGUGCAGAGAUCAAGUUCGGUGUUCAGCCGCCACUACCCGAUAAUGUUGAUCCAGCUUUGCAAGCUGCGGGCGCUGGCAACGACGAUAUCAUGCAAAUUGAUCCGAGAUUUGACACAGCAGACGAUGACGGCAGAGCUCAAGGUACGGAUCCAGCAGCGAGUGGCCUGGACGAGUUCAUGAACCUGGACGCGGCUGAUAUGCCUGGCUUCGGACAGGAUUAUGCGAGCCAGGCAUCGCAAGGCGGGUAUUUCUAG